AUGUCUUUCCACCGAUCAAAUCUUCAAAAUGGCGGAAAUUUCCCUGCACAAGAUAACAACAACAACAAUGAUACCAGACCCACACAAAGACAACGCGCACUAACUACAUUAAAACAACGGUGCUCGUUUGGCAGUACUGGCAAUAGUGGUGGGUCCAACAAAAAGAAAUAUUCAAGUAUCACGGACAAUUAUAAUGGCAAGAGCAUCGAAGGAGCCAGACCAUCCGCCACAUUCUUAUCAAAAACAAGAUCUGAAGACUUUUAUCAUUCGUCCAAUUUAUCAUCACCAUCACCUCUGUCCUCAUCCUCACACUUGAACUCGUACUCGUACUCGCCAUCUCAAUCCCAAUCCCAAUCUCUAUCGCGUCCUCUCUAUUCUCGGGCCAAUACAACCUCAAGAGCUGCCAGACCCAUAUCAACCGGAUACCUCUUGGGUGACGAUAGUGACAGUGAAACAUCAACUGAAACAAUGUUUUCGCGAAGACGCAUGAAGCCCGAAACAAAACCCGCCUUUAACAAUCUGAAAUUAUGUGUACUUCGAGCAAUUGGAUUAAAGAACAACAAUUUAUCAUAA